AUGGAUGAAACACCGAAGUCGGUAUCCUCGUCUUGCAACAACGACGAUGGAGUGCCGGAAGCAACAGGGAUGGAGAAAGCGUUGUCUGAUCUGCAUGCGCUCAAGAAGCUAUACGGGCUGCUUCAAAGGUUAGAUGAGACGUCCAGGGCCCUUCUGAAGAAGUUGCUUGAUGACGCUACAUGCCAGGCUCUCCUGAAGCAGGCAAAUGCUCUUACUACUGCUUCUGAUUCGGUGAUUCGAUUUUCUCUUGGUUUGACGUCUCCAAGGAAAAUGGAUCUUAACAACAAAGGAACAGAGAUGGAGCAAAUUUUGUCUGAUCUGGAGGCGCUCACGAAGCUAUACAGCCUGCUUCACAAGGGUCCGGCAGAUGAAAAUUUAGAUGAGGCAUCCGGGGCUCUUCUGAUGAAGAUACUAGAAGAUGCUACCCAGGAGGCUGUCCGGAGGCAGGCAAGGAGAGAAAGCUCUCCACGCUUCUGCCGGACACGGCAUGCCGAUCCGCGCCUGAGGCCGGUGGCAUCACCCAGACCCAGCCUCCUGGACAGUGAGCGACCGCGCCGGCUAAACCUGCAACAUUCUACAGUGUCAAGCCGAUCUGGCCUCCACGUCGACGGCCAUCGCCAUGAAGCGGAAGAGCAUCCCCUUGCUCGCCUCGCCUCCAAGCACUCGUCGAGAACCGCAUUGCCGGCACGGCACCGUCCAAGCCAAGAGCAGCGGCACUCCAGCCUCAGCCUCCACCGUUUCCCCGCGGCUGGAACGUCGAGACAUGGCACGGUGACUGGAGGUACUAGGCUUACCGAUCGCCGGGACAGCAUCCGUCGCAGCUCCGGCCGUGGUGACCAAUGGUCGCCAGAACGCAGCAGCAGUAGGAGCAGCAGCCGGCGUUCCGUGUUACGGGAGCUGUCUCUGGGGCCGUCGUCAAGGCUGCAUGGCCGCGCCACCCCGCGGUACGUCGAAGCCGAGAGCUCCUCCUCGUCCUCGGUGCAUCUCUUCGAGAGGAUGGACUCUGGGUUGUCCCUGAGCAUGACGUCGCGUCAUGGUGUGGAGCACGCCGAACGCGGCGUGGCUACGCCGGAACGCUCUUCCUCGAGCAACACGAUGGCAACCAUACAGAGCCGCAUCAGACCAAGCAACAAUCUUCUCAAGGAGGGCUCCCUACACCGAUCUGCAGCAGAAAAAAGGAGGACUUCGCGCCGGAGGCAACAAGGCAGCGACGUUUCCAGCGCGGACAUGUACAGCAGCAGCAUGUCCAGCGGCAGCAGAAGCUCAUCGGGCGCCGCCAGCCUGUCUGCCUCCACGAGCCCGAUGGCGUCGCAGGCGCCGCAUGCGUUUGCUAAUCCCUACUACUACUACUCGCCGCCGGUGAUGACACGGGGCAUUGCGCCGCCGGUGUAUGCACCUAAGGUGUCGCGCUCAAUGAGGCGGCGAUGUCGGCAGGAAAUCCUGGAGAAGCGGCUGGCGCGGCUGCAGAUGCUCAAGCACAAAAUCGCCACGGUGUUCCAUCACCGCCACGACCAUCACCACCACCACCACCACCUCGGGGGCGGCCAGGAGGCGGGCCCCUCGUCCAAGAGCGUCGUCCGCGGCGCAGGCCACUUCAACACGCCGUGGCAGUACUUUACGAGCAUGUUCCACCGCGCGAAAGGGAAAGAUAAGAACGCUAGGAGCCGGACGGUGGUAGGCGUGCCGGAGAAGAGGCGCGGCGGUGACGGGAACAUGCACGCGCUAUUCGACGCGGUGCAGCGGCACUUGAAGGGCAAGCGGAGGGCACCGGCAGGUAUGAAACUGAGGAGGAAGGCCAGCCGGGUGCGGGGCAAGAAGAUGCAUUGGUGGCAGCGGGGCAUGGCAGGGGUGACGGCGGGCAGUAGACCACGACGCCGUUUAGGACAUGGAAAGGCAGGGUGGCUGUAG